CCGUUUUUUUUUUUUGUUUUUUUUUACCUUUCUUUAUUCCUCCCUGCCUCUCUCUUUCUUUUCUCUAUUUAACACUCCUUGGGCUGCCGUGUGGCUGCGUGUGUGUGUGCGUGCGUGCAUGUGUGUUUGUAUUUAUUUAUUUAUGCAUCUUAUGUUAAAGUAUCGAGGCUUUCCGUUGUAGCCCCGUUCCUCAAAUGAGAAGACGUAAACGAUGGAGCUUCAUAUUUUAGAGCACAGCCUGAAAGUGGCGAGUAUAGAGAAAGAGGGGAUCCAGAUUUGCACUCACGGAUUAAUAAAACUCGCCUUCUUGGCCUCAAAAACAAGAUGCAAGUUCUUCAGUUUGACCGAGACGCCGGAGGAUUACACCAUCAUCGUGGACGAGGAAGGAUUUAAAGAGCUGCCUCAGUCGGAGCACAUCAGCGUGGCCGAUGCCACGUGGUUGGCCCUGAACGUGGUGUCGGGAGGCGGCAACGCCUCCAACUCGCAGCCCAUCGGGGUCACCAAAAUCGCCAAGUCGGUGAUCGCGCCGCUGGCCGACCACAACAUCUCUGUUUUCAUGCUGUCCACGUAUCAGACGGACUACAUUCUGGUUCGAGAGCGAGAUCUGCCGAUGGUCAUGCACACGCUGUCUUCCGAAUUCACUUUGCUGCGGGUGGUCAACGGGGAGACGGUGGCUGCGCACAAUCUGGGCGUCACCAAUGGAUUUGUGAAGCCAAAGCUUGUUCCCCGGCCCAUCAUCCACCCUCUGUCUAGUCCCAGCAACAUGUUCUGCGUGACCAGCCUCGACCCGGACACGCUGCCCUCAGUCGCCACCCUGCUCAUGGACGUCAUGUUUUACUCUGGAGGGUCAAAGGAGUGCGGAGCGUUCGGCGAAGACUCGAGCCACAUCCGCUUCUUCUCCUUCUCGCUGAUCGAGGGCUACAUCUCUCUGGUCAUGGACGAACAGACGACUCAAAGGUUUCCAAACAAUGUCCUCUUCACGAGCGCUUCUGGUGAGCUUUGGAAAAUGGUUCGUAUCGGGGGACAACCUUUAGGAUUUGACGAGUGCGGCAUCGUGGCUCAGAUAUCAGAACCUCUGGCGACGGCGGACAUUCCAGCUUACUACAUUAGCACCUUCAAGUUUGACCACGCCCUGGUUCCUGAAGAAAAUAUCCAAAGUGUGAUCGGAGCUCUGCGGACGGAGAGCACGACACAGUGAAGGAAAGUCACUCUGUUCAAAACCUUUUAUCGUGUCCAAAAAGUGCCAAGAAGAGCUGAUUAGCAGACGACUGUGGACUGGCUCUGAAAGCAGAAGGAGGUGAAAGCACAGUGUGGGUGGAGGGAGGACGACGGUGUGAUGGGAGGCCUUUGUUACUUGGAUCUUUUAGCCUUUUCUUUGCCCUCGUCCUCCUCUCCGACUCCCUCCGCUGCUCUGGUAGUUGUUGCUUUAGUUUACCAGAACGAGUAGGUUUUAUUUUUUCUUCUUUUCCUCUCUUCAGCUGCUUCUUCCCGUGCCCUGACCCUCGUGAGCACCAUACUGUAUUAGUUACAUAAUCCCUCUCAUGGAAGGAUGACGAAUGUACUCUGGAAAAUGACAGAUAUAUCUCAAGCUCUCCAAUUUUUUUUGUUGUUGUUGUUGCGACAGGUCAUUUUCUCAGUGCCAAGACGUUUAAAUGCUUUUGUCAAAAUACUUAACGUGUGCAAUGGAAGAAGACGUAAGAUGGACGGACGGACGGACAGACGGCGAUGUUUUUCUUUUUGUUUUUGCUUUAAUUAGCUUGUUGUCGAACAUGCUUUAAUUACUGCGAUGAUGUGACCAGUUUCAUUCAGUUCUGGUGAAAACAUGAAGUGAAUACGGAAAUUUUGAGGAACUUACUUUUCCGCGCUCUGAUAAGUUUUACACGUUCACACUGCGAGCAAACCGAGGGUCACGAGCCAAUGUUACGCAAUAAUAAUACAUUUAGAUUGAGAUGAAAAUAAUCAGUGACAAUUUAUGUUUGAUUUGAUCGUUUUAGUAGCUUUUAGACAUUUUUCGCAAUAUGAGGAAUUGAGCGCCUUGCAAUUUGGUCCCGUGUCGACACGUCGUUUAUCAUUGGUCAGAUCACACUUUCUGUCUCAACAGUUAGGAUUGCGAGACGGCUGCCGUCGUACAAACGCUGUCGCUGUUUCACAGUAAAUCAGUCGUCAAAAUUCAAAGACUUGUUGCUGCGCUAUUUUGUACCACGCAAGGCAUUGUUUUUAACUGGUAUUUUAACGGCUAGCCCAAGAUACAUUUUUAGGUACGUCAUUACGUACAUUAGGUUCUGCCUCAUUAGGACCAGGUUUUGGUCUCUAAGAAGACUACUGGUCCUGACAAGUCAGUGUUUGACAGAAAAGUUCAUAAAGAGGAUGUUGAUGUGGAGAUUUUUUGCACGAAAUCAAAAAACAGACGCUCCAUGUUUCCAGAUUAGUCUCCUCAUCGCCGCCUUCUUCACCAUUAACUGCCGCUUGUCGCAUUUAUCUAAAAACACUAAGACGCUGAACGCAGUCGACAUUGAAUCUGCUUCUGCGUAACGUUGUACGCUAGAUUUGAAACCACCACAACAUGAGCCACCAGCGGUUUUACUUAAACAACAUAGAAUCAACUCAAACUCUUUUUUUUAGCAUUGCUUCAAACGCUGUACUCAAAUAUAACGUGUAUAUUUAUACAUCAUAUAAAGUUUAGUCAAUGAAAAGGGCGCAAAUUUACAGAAAACCUAGAUUUAGUCAUUCAUAUGAGGUCAAAAACACAAACCUGUUUCACUCACACAUUCGUAAAUCCUUUCAAAAUAAAACACUGCACACUUCUGGUGACUCGUCAAUCGUGUUUGCUCACAGUGUGAACUCAGCGUGAACUCUGACGAUAAACACACCAAUCACAGUGUUUGCGUCUACGGGAGUAGAAACAUGGAAAAUAAAAAUGACUGAGCCACUUUUGAGAGUGUACUACAAUAAUGACAUAAGCUAAGGCGGACACAGGUGGGAGGAACCCUGGUGUCCGUUUAGAUCUUGAACUGCCCCUCCCCUUAACCCGCCCCAGUCUGCACUUUAACGCAGGUUCCCGCCCACAGACCUGCCGGCACGAUGUGAAAACGGGGAGGAGGCCGAUAACUUGAGAGCGAUCGAUUCUGUCCAAAUGUGUUGGAUUUCUGUUGGUCUUAAAAAAGCAUUCAGUGAUGAUGUUUUUGGUUUUUUUCUUUUAUCAUUUUUCUUUGCACCUAACAGCGGCAGUUCUUCUGAUCACUUCUGAUUAGCAGAAACCUUGUAUUUAUCAGUGUUAAAUAUGUGAGGAAGUGACAUUGUCUUCUGAUUCCAUUUCAAAGAAAACGUCAAAAGCUUUUUUUUCAUUUGGAGCUUCUUGUGUGGAAAAAAAAUUAAAAAUA